CCACACUCUGCGCCCAUAAGAGCGCAAUACUAGGGAACGGUGGAAGACAACACUUACCCUGGGGGACACAGAACCCAUCCACAGCACACAAGGGGGAGCCAGCAUGGAGGGGAUAAGCGCCCACAGGGAGCCCAGCUCGCCGCCUAACUCCAAACAGCCCCAGGACAGCAGCCAGCCCUUCUCGGGGACCCUGAAGCCCAACCAGGUGGGAGAGACGUCGCUGUACGGGGUGCCCAUCGUGUCCCUGGUGAUAGACGGCCAGGAGCGCCUGUGCUUGGCCCAGAUCUCCAACACCCUCCUGAAGAGCUACAGCUACAACGAGAUCCACAACCGGAGGGUGGCCCUGGGCAUCACCUGCGUGCAGUGCACCCCCGUGCAGCUGGAGAUCCUGCGCCGGGCCGGGGCCAUGCCCAUCUCCUCCCGCCGCUGCGGCAUGAUCACCAAGCGGGAAGCCGAGCGGCUGUGCAAGUCCUUCCUGGGGGAGCACCGGCCGCCCAAGCUCCCGGAGAACUUCGCCUUCGACGUGGUGCACGAGUGCGCCUGGGGCUGCCGGGGCAGCUUCAUCCCCGCCCGCUACAACAGCUCCCGGGCCAAGUGCAUCAAGUGCGGCUACUGCGGCCUCUACUUCUCCCCCAACAAGUUCAUCUUCCACUCGCACCGCGCCCCGGACUCCAAGUACACGCAGCCCGACGCCGCCAACUUCAACAGCUGGAGGCGGCACCUGCGGCUCUCAGACCCCGGGGCCUCGGACGAGCUGGCCCACUCCUGGGAGGACGUCAAGGCCAUGUUCAACGGCGGCACCCGCAAGCGGGCCUUCCCCUCCCCGGCCUCCUCCUCCUCCCGCCAGCACCUGGAGCUUGCCCCGCCGCCGCCGCUGCCUCCUCCCCCGGCCAAGAGCCUGCGGGUGUCCGGGGCGGAGGAGGAGCAGGUGGCCCGGAGCUUCCCCCUCAUCCCGGUGCCCAGCAAGGGCUUCUCCGGGGUGCUGCACAAGAUGACGCCGCCGCUCUUCCCCCCGCCCCCGUACGGAUUCCCGGCCUUCGGCCUGUGCGCCAAGAAGGACGACGGCGGCGGCCUGGGGGAGGGCAAGGCUGCGGGGCUGCCCGGGGUCUUCUGGCCGGCGGCCCCUGCCUCCAAAGACUCGGUGUACCCUCCCUUCCCGGUCUUCUGGCCGGCAGCCGGGGCUCUCUCAGUCCCCCCCUACCCCGGUCUGGCCCAGCAGCAGCAAGCCGCCAGCAAGGCCGUGGGGGAGGCGGAGGAAGCGGAGGCCGGCGGGGAGACGCCGGAAGAGAAGGCCCCGGGCCGGGCCCCAGACGAAGAGAGAUCCGGGGACGAGGGCCGGCCGGGAGAGACGCUGACGCCCAGGAAGCUGCGCUACAUCUCGGCGUUCCGGCCGGUGGUGAAGGCCGCGGAGAGCCUGGCCAAGCUGUACGGGAGCCGGGAGGUGUACGGGCCGGGCCGGCCUGCGCCGGGCUACAGCUCCCCGGACCUGCUGAGUGACACUUCCAGCUACCGCUCCGCUUCCCCCGGCCCUGACACCGCCGACGAGCCCGAGGUCGACGUGGAGUCAGGCCGCUUCCCGGAGGAGGAACCUGCAGCACCGGCCCAGGGACCCUGCUCCAGCGCCUCAUCCACCGCAUCCGCCCGGGAGGCAGAGGACAGGCGGGGGCAGAGCCCGGGUGACAGCAGCCCGAGGAGUACAGGCGGCUACGAGGUUUAUACAAAGCAGAUGGCGGAUGCUCCUCCGACCGUGAAGGGCAAUACACCACACCAAGGCCUCCCGACGUCUUAUCUCUGCAACCUAGAUCCAAAUGAGCAAGAUUCAGAAGACAGUCAUUCGGCUGGUGAGGAUAUGGAAAGCAGGAAGCCAUUUCAAGACCAAAGGAGCCAUUUAUCUCACACAAGCCCCUUACACCCUGAUAGAGGGGAGGGAGACAGUCCUAUCGAUGUCACCGGGACGCAGUUUGUAGAAAAAGACAUUGAAAACAUGGCAAAAGAUGAGCUGCAGAAACUGUUAAUGGAGCAAAUGGAUUUAAGAAAAAAACUGGAACGGGAAUUUCAAAGCCUGAAAGACAAUUUCCAGGACCAGAUGAAGAGAGAGUUGGCGUACAGGGAAGAGAUGGUCCAGCAGCUGCAGAUUGUCAGAGACACCUUGUGUAAUGAACUGGAUCAAGAGAGGAAAGCACGCUAUGCCAUCCAGCAGAAAUUAAAAGAUGCUGACACGAAGACUCUCCACAGAGAACUGUUCCUUCAGACCUCCAAUCCUGCCCCACUCAGUUACAUCUGGGCUCCACGGAAGUUGAUGUAUCCUCCAGCCCCCUGAAAAAGAUGGGGAUGUGGAAUAAUCCCAGCACAAAACAAGCCAUUUCCUGUCUGUGGGAAAGAGAACACGUGUGUGUGUGAAACGCCGGGGAGUUUUCCCCGGGACCAUUGGCGAACUUGUAAAUAUUGUACAGUAGGAAACAGGACGUCAGUGCACUGAGGAAUCUGAGCCAGGAGUGAUCCACAGAUCAACCGUGUAUUAUAAGGCUUUGUGAAUAAAUGACACAUAUAUAUAUAAUAUAAAUAUAUAUAAAUAUAUAUAUAUAAACAGACUCUUGCAAAAAAAGUCCAAUGUAUUAAAUGUUUUACGAUUUAAUUUUUAUUCUGUAUGUUUCCACUAAACCUCAGUAGUACCCGAGAGGGUGUUCCGCUGGCACCAGAAGUGUGGCACUCGGGGUUAUUGGUGGUAGACUGGCCAUGUGCAAUGGAUAUCUAUGUACUGUGAUUCUUAUUAAAGCAGUAUUUUUUUAAGUUCUUUGAAUUAUUUUCUAUAUUUAUUUGAUCUCACCAUCUUUUGUAUUUUGGACGAUGUUAUAACAGCACUUUAAGGAGAAAUCCGCCAAUUUGUGUACAAAACAGAAAAGCAGUUUGUUCUAUAGGAAAAAAAAAAUCUGUAUAAAUGAAUUUUUCUGUUAAAUAAAUCAAACUUGCAGUA